AUGCCUGUCAGGAGGGGGCACGUUGCCCCCCAGAACACCUACUUGGAUACAAUCAUCAGGAAAUUUGAAGGACAAAACCGCAAGUUCCUUAUUGCCAAUGCUCAGAUGGAGAACUGUGCCAUCAUUUACUGCAACGAUGGUUUCUGCGAGAUGUUUGGCUACUCCCGGGUGGAGGUGAUGCAGCGCCCCUGCACCUGCGACUUCCUCACUGGGCCUGACACAACGCACAACUCCAUUGCGCAGCUGGGGCAGGCAUUGCUGGGAACCGAUGAGUGUAAGCUGGAGAUCCUCUACUACAGGAAAGACACAUCCUGUAUACGCUGUUUGGUGGAUGUGGUCCCAGUCAAGAAUGAAGAAGGAGUUGUCAUCAUGUUCAUCUUGAACUUUGAAGACCUGGCAGCUCUCAUAGCCAAAAGUGCCCGGCAGAGUCUACACCAGCGCUUGUCCCAAGGUUGGCGAACAGGUCAAAAUACGAGCUUGAAGUUUAGUCUCCCGCCCCUACAACGUCUCACACUGCGGCGGAAAUCUCUGACUGCCACUGAGUUUGAUGGAGUAGCCAUUGACUAUGGAAAGCCUGGAGGGGACUCCUUAAAGCUGAGGGAGUUGAAGACUGUGCCCAUGGAGAACUGUGUCCAAUCUGAGACCGAAGCACUGCUGGGGAAGGAGAGGAGAUCGAGCCUGGAGACGGCAUCUGACACUGAAGUGCGACACUCCGCCCCAGCGCAAGAGCUACCUUCUCUAGGGCUUCGAGGGCCGCGCCCUGCCAGGGGUUUGGGCCGGUUCCAUCUUGGGGGCAGCUUCCAUAGCCUCCGCCAGGUCUCCUCCUUGGAGAGUUUGGAGGCUGCAAGGUCUGAGUUCCAGAGAAAAUUCAGGGAAAGGAGGGCAAACUCAGAGGCGUCCCAUGUCAAGCCCAACCAGAAUUCCACGUCAGACUCCGACCUUAUGAAAUACAGGACAAUCAGUCAGAUCCCCCAGUUCACCCUCAACUUUGUGGAGUUCAACCUAGAGAAACAUCGUUCAGGCUCUACCACGGAGAUUGAAAUCAUCGCACCCCACAAGGUGACAGAGCGCACGCAGAACGUCACCGAAAAGGUCACUCAGGUCCUGUCCCUGGGAGCCGAUGUCCUCCCUGAGUACAAGCUGCAGGCACCCCGCAUCCACCGAUGGACCAUCCUGCACUACAGCCCCUUCAAGGCCGUGUGGGACUGGCUGAUCCUCCUGCUGGUCAUCUACACGGCUGUUUUCACACCCUACUCUGCUGCCUUCCUGCUGAACGAAGAGCAGGAGGAGAAUAGCUCGGACUGCGGCUACGCAUGCGACCCGCUCUACAUCAUUGACCUCAUUGUAGACAUCAUGUUUAUCGUUGACAUCAUCAUCAACUUCCGCACCACUUAUGUCAAUCUCAACGAUGAGGUAGUAAGCCACCCAGCAAAGAUCGCCAUCCACUACUUCAAGGGCUGGUUUCUCAUCGACAUGGUAGCUGCCAUCCCCUUCGACUUGCUCAUCUUCCGCUCUGGAUCAGAUGAGACAACCACCCUGAUAGGGUUGCUGAAGACAGCGCGACUCUUGCGCCUGGUGCGAGUUGCCCGCAAGCUGGACCGCUAUUCCGAGUACGGGGCCGCUGUGCUCUUCCUGCUCAUGUGCACUUUUGCCCUCAUUGCUCACUGGCUGGCCUGCAUCUGGUAUGCCAUUGGCAACGUAGAGCGGCCCUACAUGGAGCAUAAGAUUGGGUGGCUGGACAACCUCGGCGACCAGAUUGGCAAGCGCUACAACGACAGCGACCUCUCUUCUGGCCCCUCCAUCAAGGACAAAUAUGUGACAGCCCUUUACUUCACCUUCAGUAGCCUCACCAGCGUGGGCUUUGGCAACGUCUCCCCCAACACCAACUCCGAGAAGAUCUUCUCCAUCUGUGUCAUGCUGAUUGGUUCUCUAAUGUAUGCCAGCAUUUUUGGCAAUGUCUCUGCCAUCAUACAGCGCCUGUACUCGGGCACGGCUCGCUACCAUACCCAGAUGCUGAGGGUGAAGGAGUUCAUCCGUUUCCACCAAAUCCCAAACCCGCUGCGCCAGCGGCUUGAGGAGUAUUUCCAGCAUGCUUGGUCCUACACCAAUGGAAUCGACAUGAAUGCGGUGCUGAAAGGCUUCCCCGACUGCCUGCAAGCUGAUAUCUGCCUCCACCUCAACCGCACCCUGCUCCAAAACUGCAAGGCCUUCCGAGGAGCUAGCAAAGGCUGCCUGCGGGCCCUGGCCAUGAAGUUCAAGACAACCCAUGCGCCACCCGGGGAUACACUGGUACAUUACGGAGAUGUCCUCACCACUCUCUAUUUCAUCUCGCGCGGCUCCAUUGAGAUCCUCAAGGAGGACAUUGUGGUGGCCAUCCUAGGGAAGAACGACAUAUUUGGGGAACCUAUCAGCCUCUACGCCAGGCCUGGGAAAUCCAAUGCAGAUGUCCGAGCCCUCACCUACUGUGACUUGCAUAAAAUCCAGCGUGAGGACCUCCUGGAAGUCUUGGAUAUGUAUCCAGCCUUCUCAGAUAAUUUCUGGAGCAAUCUGGAGAUAACUUUCAACCUGAGAGAUGCAGACAGUGUUCCUCGGUCCCCCCUCAGUGAGGAAUAUGCAUGCAACUAUCGUCGAGCCCGGCGCCGUAAGCAUUCCCUCUGCAAAGCGAACAAAAUAGACUCGGAUAACUUGGAUGCAGGCAUCUCAGAUCCUGAGCAGUACCACGCGUACUCGGAGCUCACACAAUUGCAGCGUCCGCACAGCAAGGACCAUUGGGAUGAUAUGUGCAGCACUACGACACCCUGCUCCCAGACCAGUGAAGAGGAGGCCAAGAUGCCUAGCCCCACGAAGAAUGAACCUUUCACAAACGGUGAAAACGCCAGAUACGGCCCAGCUGUGGUAAACCUGGUCCCAGAUGCCAUUGACGUUGACAAACUGGUGACUGAUGACAGCCUGUCCUAUGCAGCAACGCCAUUGGAUGUUUCCAACCUGUUCACAUUCUGGGAAGACAAGAGGCCUAAUUCCCUUACAGAGCCUCUCCAGCACAUGUCCUUGGUUCACAGCCCUUUGGACAUGCCUCCCAACUCUGAUGACAGACCGCGACAGAUUGAAUCCAAGCUGGAGUGCCUGCAGGCCCAGCUCAGCAGGCUGGAGUCCAGGAUGUCUUCUGACCUGAACCUCAUCCUGCAGCUGCUGCAGCGACAGCUGUCUCAAGUGCCGCCUGCGUAUAGCACUAUCUCGCCAUCCUCCCACAACCUGGCUUUGUAUAGCAUGAGCCUGCGGAGCACAGAACCUGAAACUCCACUAGGGGAAGAGGAACUGACUCCCACAAAGACUCCGAGUGACUUGGAAAUCGAGAAGCUGCAGCUGAAAUCCAGGGACUCGUUGUCAAGUGGUGUACACCUGACUGUGGCUUCUGAUGAGACCAUGACAAUCAGCUCUGAGCAAGAACAUUGCUCACAGACCCUGCCAAACCUGGAGCCUCACCGGAGGGCACCGGGCAACCAGGGACUUUUCCAAGGAUCCCGUUUCCCUUCCCUUCCUGAGCACCUUGAGGCACAUUCGGAGCACUUGGACAUUCAGAGACACCUCUCUGACCCUUUGCUUCCUGGGAGUUAG